UUUAAAUAUGCGUGUAUUGCAGAAUCAAAACAUAGCGAUCAGCGAUAACCGGUUCCGAACGAUCGAGACCGUCUGGUGGAUUGUGCUAAAUUUCCGAAAUUUCCGAAACCGAAUUACAUAUACCGUUUACUUCGAAAAAUAAAAUACGUAGAAAAACAACUGUUUAUCUCUCGUUCGUGUCUCUUAAUUGAUUAUCAUUUCGCCGUUGACUAUUAAUUCGAUCAAUUACCUUAACGCCGCAACAAUUAUACCGUUCGCAUAUUUAUGCGACAGACUUGCGAGGUAUUUCUUCGGUAGAUUCAUCAUUGCGCCAAAGGUCCAGCGCGGAUCGACUCACAGACGCACACACACGCGUCAACGAAAGAAAUCGGUGUUCUAACUGGUUUUCAUGAUCAACCAAGCUAUAAUAUCAUAAAAUCAGGUGUGUCUAGGCCAGUUGUUUAUCGACACCGCGGCUGGAAAAGGCAGAUCGAUCUCGCAACAUCGUGGUGGCAUAAACGACAACGACAGUUCCACGUUAUAAUGUACUGCAACAACAAUUUAUUGCGUGUCUCCCGGCGACUGUCGAGAAGCGUUUUCAGGGAUUUCCAUAUCGGUAACGGUCCGGCUUCCCAAGGUGUUAAAGAAAGCAGGAACAACGGGUCGAACGUGCUCAAGAAACCGCCGAGGAUAUUGAUCACUGGCGGUCUCGGCCAGUUGGGCACCGAGUGCGCGAAGCUGUUGCGAAAGAAUUAUGGCAACGAGAACGUGAUCCUCACCGACAUCAUCAAGCCGACGGAGGACAGCCUGUCCUGCGGACCUUUCAUCUUCGCAGACAUCCUCGACUUCAAGGGCCUGCAGAAGAUCGUGGUGGACUACAGGAUCGACUGGCUGAUACAUUUCAGCGCUCUGUUGAGCGCCGUCGGCGAACAGAACGUCCCCCUCGCAGUCAGAGUCAACAUAGAAGGUAUGCACAACGUGAUCGAGCUGGCGAAACAGUACAAGCUGAGGAUAUUCAUCCCGUCGACGAUCGGCGCUUUCGGCCCCGAUUCGCCGAGGAAUCCCACCCCCAAUAUCACCGUGCAACGACCAAGGACGAUUUACGGCGUCAGCAAGGUCCACGCGGAGCUUCUGGGGGAAUACUAUCAUCAUAAGUUCGGCCUCGACUUCCGGUGUCUUCGGUUCCCCGGGGUCAUCAGCAGCGACCCCCCCGGUGGCGGAACCACAGACUACGCUGUCGCCGUCUUCCACGAGGGGUUGAGCACCAAAACGUACGAGUGCUAUUUGGAGCCGUACACGAGGUUGCCGAUGAUGUACAUAGAGGAUUGUCUAUCCGCGCUCUACCAAUUCUUGAACACGCCGAACGAUCGGCUGAACAGGCGAGUAUACAACGUCACUGCGAUGAGCUUCACGCCGGAAGAACUCUUCAGCGAGUUUAAGAAGCAUGUUCCUGAUCUAAAGAUCACGUACAAGCCGGACGGACGGCAAUAUAUAGCUGACGGUUGGCCGCAAGUGUUCGAUGACAGCGACGCGCGACGGGAUUGGGGGUGGAAACACAAGUACAAUUUGCAGAGACUGGUGGAGUCAAUGAUACGCGACGUGAGAUCGAACUUCUUGUCGAAGAGAUCGUUGAAAGAGGUCAAUAGCUACGUAUAACGGAGGAUAAUUGAGAAAAUUAUAUUUCUGAGAUUCCGAUGAAAUUAUAAAAAUAUUUAUUUUACAAUAAAGGCAAUUCUUAACGCA